AUGAGUGAUAACACAGACGACUACUCCUACGACUACGAGUACCUAUACAAGAUUGUCUUGAUCGGAGACUCUGGUGUUGGUAAGAGUAACUUGUUAUCGCGUUUCACCAGAGAUGAAUUCAACUUAGAAUCCCGUUCUACUAUUGGUGUGGAAUUCGCCACGAGAACGUUGGAGAUUGAUGGUAAGAGAGUCAAGGCCCAGAUUUGGGACACCGCUGGCCAGGAGAGAUACCGUGCCAUUACAUCCGCAUACUACAGAGGCGCUGUGGGUGCUUUGAUUGUGUAUGACAUUUCCAAGACGGAGUCGUACGAGUCUGUGUCCAGAUGGUUGAAGGAGUUGAAGGAGCAUGCCGAUGCCAACAUUGUGAUUGAGUUGGUGGGUAACAAACUGGACUUGGACCACUUGCGUGCUAUUCCAACCGACGAGGCCAAGAGCUUUGCUACUGAGAACAGUCUUUUGUUCACUGAGGCCUCUGCUCUUUCUUCCGACAAUGUCGACUUAUCCUUCCACCAGUUGUUGAAGAACAUUUACGAGAUGAUCAGCAAACACCAGUUGGACACCGACGAAAAGAUGUCAUCUGUUAAGCCUUCCGGUGGCCCAACCAUCAGCUUGACCCCUGCACCUCAGGAGAAGAAGAGCAAGAACAACUCCAACUGUUGUUAA